AUGAUUAAUUACCAACUUGGUGAAUGGAUCAUACAACUGCUAUGUUUAAUUCCAAUUCAAAUUGCUGUAUCAAAGAAUCACAAAUUCCAACCGUUGUGUGAUGGGACAUUAAAAGCAGAAAGCGAACAGUCUGAUGGAUGUCAUAUUACUCGUAAUAUAUCUUUUGGAUGGUAUGAAGGAAUUCUUAAUCAUCUUGGGAACUUCCUUCGAUGGUUCGGAAAUG